GGCAGAGAUGCUAACCGGAAGCUAACAGCGGGACAGAAGUUUGUGAGCAGGUUCUGCACCGGAGUCACGUCACAUGUUGAGUGACGGAGGAUCACGUCAGAUAACAGUUCGACACACCGGGGACACGUGACGCCGCGGCAGGACGCACCGGUAACUAGUGACUCAUCGGUGACCUAGUCAACAGCUUCUCUCGGUUGCUCCUCCCCCGACGCCCCUCUCAGCCAAUGGAGUCGCUAGGUGGCUCGAUUGACAGCACUCCCGACCAAUGGCAGCCCCGUUUCAUAUGCGCUGGUUCUCUGAGCGGCUGGCGUCAGUUUCCGGCGCAGGAAGCAGCUGCUGCCGGGGCUGAUGAUGCUGAGGCGCGUCGCUGAUCUGUAGCAUCUCUCCCUCCGUCGCUCCGAUGUUCGUGGACAUGUUGUGUUGUGUGCGGCUGCAUCACUGUGUUGACCUGUGUGUGGGCGUCCUCCUCCUGUUCCUAGCGGGGCUGCAGCAGGUGGAAGCAGCCGCCGCCGCCACCGACGGGAUGGACCACCUGAACUGGAAGCCGUUCAUCUACGGAGGCAUGGCCUCGAUUGUCGCAGAGUUCGGGACAUUUCCCGUUGACCUGACUAAGACCCGGCUGCAGGUCCAGGGUCAGUCCCAGUACACAGAGGUGCGCUACAGAGGCAUGUUCCACGCCCUCUUCAAGAUCGGCAAAGAGGAAGGAAUUCGAGCGCUGUAUUCUGGGAUUUCCCCCGCUCUCUUGAGACAAGCUUCUUACGGGACAAUCAAGAUAGGAACCUACAACACUCUGAAGAGGCUGUUUGUCGAUAAUCCAGAAGAUGAGACCAUGGCCAUCAACGUCUUCUGUGGCGUGGUGUCUGGAGUCCUGUCCUCCUCUCUGGCCAACCCCACCGACGUCCUCAAGAUCAGGAUGCAGGCGCAGGGCAGUCUGCUCCAAGGCAGCAUGGUGUCCAACUUCUACAACAUCUACCAGACAGAGGGCACCAGGGGGCUGUGGAGAGGCGUCAUUCCCACAGCACAGCGAGCCGCCAUUGUCGUCGGGGUGGAGCUUCCCGUCUAUGACAUGACGAAAAAGCACCUGCUCAGCUCCGGUGCCAUGGGAGACACCAUUUUGACCCAUUUCAUUUCCAGUUUCGCGUGCGGCUUGGCAGGAGCCCUCGCCUCCAACCCCGUAGACGUGGUCCGGACUCGUAUGAUGAACCAGCGGGUUCUGUCGGGGGCCCCCAUGUACAAAGGAACCAUGGACGGACUGAUGCAGACGUGGAGGAACGAGGGCUUCUUCGCUCUCUAUAAGGGCUUCUGGCCUAACUGGCUACGACUGGGGCCUUGGAACAUCAUCUUCUUCAUCACCUUCGAGCAGCUGAAGAAGCUUCCGUUUUAACAGGGAACAGGAAGUGGGACUGCGCUGGUCUGUGCGACUGUGUCGGGGGAGAUGUGUGAGCACGGCAGCACCUGGAGCUCAGACACCCCCCCCUCCCCCCCUGAAUCCAUACACACGAUACCACACAGUGUCCGUCAUCUGCCCAUGCUCUUCAACACCUACUGUUGAUUUCACCUUUUCAUGUGAUUUAUAUUUAUUGUCACUGGUUUGUUUAUUUAAAGCAGUUUUGAUUUGAACUGUCACCCUCGAUUCCCCCCCCCCCGACACUCCCCAGGCAGCUGAAUGUCGGAAUGAAAGUUUGAAUCCUCGAGCUGCUGAGAGAGUUUAACUCUGGAUUGGGUCGACUCUCAUGAGAGUCGGCUUUGGGGGAAAAGAACCCAGGUGAGGCUUGUGAUGUUUGCUCAGGAUUCAGUCACAGAAGAAACAUGAGAAAUGUAUAAAUACACACAGGAAGUGUCAGUUUGUGGCGUUUGAUAGAGAAAGAAAAGAACAUGAAGGUCAUCAAUGAUUAACGUGUAGGAACCCUGUAUUAUCAGGACAUAAGCACUGCAUGAACGUGAAACCUGUUCAGUGAAUAACUUGAUUUUCUGUUGAAUGUCGAGGAACUGCAUGGAAAAAAUAGACAAAACUCCAGUUGACUGUUACACGUUUUUGAUGUGGAAAUCUCAGUGUUUUGUGUUUACAGCAAAUCGACUCCUGCUUCAACUCCUCCUUUUCAUCCCGACAUUCUCAUUCUUUUCUUUUUUUCUGUUUUGGGUCCUUUACUCGCUCUCUGUGAAUUUCCGGGACUUUCUCACCUGGUCUCACUCAUUUUCCAGACAUGUUACCAGGGGGCUGCAGGGAAGGUUCCACAAACAGUUCCUCUGGAAAACCUCUGGGAAGUGUUGAGACUUCAGUGCAGGUCCGAAAGCAGCUUGACAUUUAUUAAGUUGUUUAUUGGAACAUAAAUUUAGUGAUGUUGAUCUAUUUAAAGAAAAAAUUGUGAAAUCUGAACCAAAGCCUCUGAUGAGAAAACUUCUGUCUUCAUCAUUCACAACCAAAACAACUGUUUUUUAUUUAUUUUUGAGGGUUUAAAUGUAUUUUUGAUUUUUAACGAAACACUGAGAGACUGUGAAUCCAGACAGGUGACCGAUAUUGAAGUUGUUUUGUUUUGUGUCGACAUUUCAUUUCCUGCACCUCCAGUCGGCUGCAGUGUCGUGAGGGAACGUGUUGAGGUUCUGCUGACGUUCAUGUCAUUACUGACCCACAGUGUAAAUGGCUGUUUAUUGUAUUUAUAGCUCUUUUGUUUUCUUCUUGAAGGUUUGUUGAAGGUGGUCAGUGGAAGGAUUCUCGAUCUGGCCUCCUUCGUUGUGCAGCGUUGAUCCGAUGUUUGACUCUAAAUUGUCUUGAGAUCGACACAAAUCAUCGCAGAUUAGUGAAUUCUUCAUUUUAACUCGUGCACUUUGAAAACAGCUCCUCGACGUGUGGCUGCUGGUACUUCUCCAGCAAUCAUGUGCAGCUUACGUUAAUUGGAGACUUUGAAUCGCCAGUUGGUGUGAAUGUUUGUCUCUGUACGUCGGCCCUGUGAUUGGUUGAGCUGUAACAAGGUCAGCUAUGAUUGGCUCCAGCCUGCCAACACGUCACAGAUCUCUUAUUUAGCUCUUUUUUCAACUUUUAAGUGUACUUCACUUUUGUCAUUUUUUCGGUCACAUCGUUUUAAAGCAACACUCUGUAACCGUAUACUGAGCAACAGCGCCCCCUGUAGCCACAUCAGUCAGUUCUUCUCACAGGAGAUGGACCCCCCCCCCCCCCCCCACCAGAGUUACAGACGUUCAGGGAGUGAAGGAGGAAACUUUCUCCAGGGUCACUCUCUCACUGAUAUGUUAAGGUCAAAAGAAAGUUGCAGUGUUGCUUUAAAUAGUUUGGACGUGGAUCAGAUCCUUUGCCACUGAAGAGCUGUGCUGGUUCACAUGGUCAUUGUGGUUCUGAGUGUGUGUGUGUCAGACUCCAGAGAACUGUGUGUUGUGGGUUAAAGUGUGUGUCAGCAGUGUGUUGCUGCUCUUUCUGACAAACCUGGUGUCGAACACAGUCCUGGAGUCCCGAGAGUCUUGCACUGUUACAGCUUUACACUUCUUUACACUUUGUGUCGAUCACUGGUUCAUUAUGUGAGUUUUUCAGUUUUAUUUUACUGUCCACAGAUUUUACUUUAAUUUAAGAUGCUCCACUCUGCUUUUCAAAUUACUCCUGUGAAAUAAAAACGUGGCUCCUCGCUCUGGUAAAGUUACAAAUGUAUACUGGUAAUAUUACAACUUGUUUUCUUGUAAUAAUACUUCAUGCUUCUUGGAUUCUGUUUUCUUCCACAUGGCCCCUAUACUCCGUUGUAUUAAAAAACCAAGAGAUGGAUGAAGGAGACUUUUCUGCUUUUGUGUUGUUUUUAACUCAAAAAGUUGACCGACAGAAUGUUAUGGUUUUAUUUAUCAAUCAAACAUGUUGAAACAUUUCCUGUUUCCUGCGCAUGUGGUUGUAAAAUGUUAAUGCGAUCAUGAAACAUUCAUUGUACUUCACUGGUACUAGAUUAUUUUCAUCCAUUAAUAUGGAGGAGUGAUGGUGUAGCGAACAAUCAGAUGAUGCAGUUUUAAUUCAUGAUUAUGAGAAGAUUUUGAUUUUGACCUUGGAACGAUCGAUGGAUCUAUUCACUGUACGUGACUUUGAACUCGACUCAGCUGAGGCAGCUUCUCCUUCCUCUCGAUUCCUCUCAGAUUCCUGAAGUGCUCCGAGUCGACCACAUUCAAACCUGCUCAUGAAUUUAAUAAUCCUCAGUGAGAACAGCACGUAGCAGACAAACUCAAGUGAAGUCCAACCUUCAUGAAAACCAAAAGAAAAGAAAAAUGUUCAUGUGUUUAAAUGUCACAUUUACAAACUAAAAGUGUUUCACCGAGCAGUUCUCAUAAUUACUUCUUUAAGGACUAAGGAAUAGUUUGACAUUUUGGGUUUAGAUCCACAGAGCUGCUCUUUGGACCAAAUCACAGAACACGUGACAUUAAAGCCUUUAAAACAAUCUGUUUAGGGAGAGGAGCUCUUACCUUUACUCACCAUAAAUUUACUGAUUGUGAACGUGUGAUGGUUUGUGUUCCUGAGCAGGAAGAACCCACCCCCCCCCCCCCCCCCAAAUCUGUGCCACGUGUGUUUUAUUUUAUUUAAGUUUAUUUUUUUUUAACAUGAAGUCAGUGGACUUUUCUGUAUGUGUUGUUGUCUUAUGGAUAUUUUGUGUUUUUCCAUUCUCUCACCUCCAGAAUUAAUUAAACAUCUGGCAGAUUCUAAACCGGUGACUCUCUCUCUGCCUGUGACUGACACUACUUUGCUUUAAGCUUUGUUUGCUGUAGCUACUGUAAUAUUACAGCCGAACCAGGAAAUCUAUAAAUCUCUAUUUUUCUCUUCCUCUAGUUGUUUGCACCUCGGUGUUCUCUCAGCUUCACGUUACUGUCUAUAACCUCUUUGCUUGUUCACUGGAUUCAUUUCUCGACUGGAAGUUUUACGUUGAGUAUCUUAUUUUUUUUCUUUGACAGAAUGGGUUUAUAUAAAUUCAAUGUUCCCUCAAAUAAAAAUAUAUGCUGUGA